CAGAUAUCUACGUAUGUGUAUGUUAACAUAAUUAUGUAUUUUAUUCUAUUUGUUUAUAAAUAUCGUAUAAACAGAUAAGAUCACGAUACAGAUUAGGCGUUUGAGUAGACUCUAUGAGGUUUUUUUGGCUGGGUAAAGUGUUUGUGUUUGGGUCUUUUGGACUAUUGGGCUUAAGCUUCCGGUCCUAAUUGAAAAAUGGGCUUUUUAUUUUUUUGCAAUAUAAGGAAAAAGAAUAAAGAAAAAAAGGAGGCAAAAGAAUCGGGAUGAGAGGGAUUAGUCUUUUCUAUUAACGAACGCUUCAAUGGCAAUUAUUUGCGGGAGCCAUCACUUUCUACUCUGUCCCUUUCUCUCUCUCUCGAUCCAGUUCAUCGUCCUCACGUUUUGUUAACAAACCAACAAACACCAUCUUCCCUCCUCCAUUGAUCACGUUUUUGUGUCUUUCCUUACAUUUUUGGGUUUCCUCAUUCACUUACAUUCGUCUAGUUUUUUUUUUGUUUAUGCUGGAGAUUGUUAAUUGAAUGUAAAUGGUAGAUUAGUCGAAGGAAUUGGAUUCGUGUUGUGGGGUUCCUCAGGUUUAGUAGAUCUGAGGGUUGCAUUUUGAAUACUUUUUACCUUCUUUGUUUUUUUUUCUGUAUAAUAAACAUAAUCACGUUUAGAAAUGAGCGCAUCAAGGUUCAUAAAGUGCGUCACCGUUGGUGAUGGAGCUGUCGGCAAAACAUGUUUGCUCAUUUCUUACACCAGCAACACCUUUCCCACGGACUAUGUGCCCACUGUUUUCGAUAACUUUAGUGCUAAUGUGGUUGUUAACGGGGCAACCAUCAAUCUUGGAUUGUGGGAUACUGCAGGGCAGGAGGAUUAUAACAGAUUAAGACCUUUGAGUUACCGCGGUGCUGAUGUUUUUAUUCUAGCCUUCUCUCUUAUUAGUAAGGCUAGUUACGAGAAUGUCUCCAAAAAGUGGAUCCCUGAGUUGAAGCACUAUGCUCCUGGUGUCCCCAUCGUCCUUGUUGGUACCAAACUAGGUAAUCUUACUCUUCCUGCAUCUCUUGCUUUUAUGCAUUUUUGUAUAUGUCUAAUUUCCAUUGCCGAGACAAUCAGCACCCACACUUUUAGCUAUCGUCUCGCGACUUUCGUUAGCUGCUCUGAUUUAUUUGAGGCAUAAGUGGAUGUGACUUCACAUUUUCUUGGUUCUUGUUCAAAUUUUGACAAAUGUUCAAGAUGUAUCGUUUAAGUGAAAAGGAGGCUAGUUUUCAUAGCAUAUCAUUAGUCAACAGGUUUUUCUUCUGAACCAUAUGCUAUAAUCUUCUUGUGAUGACCUCUUAAACCUUUUAGUUACCUACAUUUUGAGAGGCAACCAUUUACGCCUUUAAAUAUUCCCAAAUCAAAUAGCUAACCUAUAGCAAGUACUAUCUCCAGAAAAGGCAAUAGCCAAUAGCCAAUAACAUCGAGUGAAGGCUUGGUUGUAACUUGUGCUGUUUCGAUGAUUUAACCUUGUUUUCUGUCAGAUCUUCGGGAUGACAAACAGUUUGUCAUCGACCAUCCUGGUGCCGUCCCUAUUACAACUGCUCAGGGAGAGGAGCUCAAGAAGCUAAUUGAAGCGCCUGCUUACAUCGAGUGCAGUUCAAAAUCCCAAGAGAACGUGAAGGGGGUCUUUGAUGCUGCGAUCAGAGUGGUUCUUCAACCUCCAAAGCAGAAGAAAAAGAAGAACAAAGCACAAAAGGCCUGUUCCAUUUUGUAAUAGCUUUCAUGGAGACCAAGAAGCUCGGUGACAGGGUCGUUAAGAAAGUAUUUGCGUUUUCAUUCUUUUUUGUUUUCUUUUCAGUGUUCAUUGUGAUUUCUGUCUCUUUAGUUCCUCUAAAAAGCGAAUUGUGUUGAGUUUAUUUCAACUUCUGUUUCAGUUGAUAAUCGAGAAUUGGUGUAGUAGUCACUCUUCCACUCUAAAUGAUAUGUUCAACGUGAUGAUGUAUAUGUAAUCACAUGUUCAAAGAGUACCAGUAAGAGAGAUUGGGGCGUAGUACUAAUCUUACUAUAUUAAUCAACCGUAAAGUAUAACAAACAGUGUUCUUAUUCAGCCUUAAGACUUUGUAAGGCUAAACCAGGAAAAAUUGUUUGGUCCGAACUCCAGCACAUGGAUAUCUCUUGACCAGGUCCCUUGUUAAAAACUCUUCUUCCUGCUCUUAUCAGAAAGGGACGGUGUAGGGUAAGGCGUGGACAUCAGCUUCUGGUAAAAGGCGAGCACAUGGCCACGCCAUUGAACUGCUUAUGACUUGCUUCGUCUCAUUAUUUCUGUUAAGUUGUCUGCAUCUUUCUGUGUCAAACUUGUGGCUACUUGGCUUCUUCAUGAACCACCAACAUUCAUCAUCUUCAGAGUUAGUGAGCUCUAUUUUGUUAGGGACCCAAUUCUCAACUACAUUCAAGAAUUGCACCGCCAAUGAUGGAGGGCAAUACCUACAUAAGCCGCUUGAAGGGUUAGAAGAUUCUUGAGUAGUGGACGACAGUUUCUUCUCUUUAGCGAGAUUCCUUGUGAAAAUGUGGUCUUUUCUUUUCUCUUCUGGUGGCUUUGAAACAUGUCCUGGUGCAGAAGUAGAACAAGGAUGUUGUUGCGGCUUUAAAGCGUGUUCUGGUGCUGAAGUGGAACAAGGAGGUUGUUGAGGCUGCUCUCUAGUAACACUCUUCAAGGUUUCUAUCUUUAUCUCCCGGGAGGGACAAGGUUUUUGUUGAUCCUUUUUAGUCACCUCAGGAUCAUUCUGCCUUCGGAUAGGCAACCGAAUCCGGAUGAUGCUUACUUCAAAUUCAUAUGAUAACAUAUUUGAAGAAAGAACGUCAACAAUAUCCUGAAAAGGUAAAAAGACCCAACAAGAACACAAACAAACUCACCAGAGUCGUUGUUGUUGUUAUGUGGCUGCUGCUUCUUCUCCUUCUGUUGCUUAGGUAGAAGCUCAUUGCUGUUAAGAGUGCUAUCACAAGAGUUCGGAGACGUCGAGUGAAGCAAUUCACGUUCUACAGUAAGACUGCUCUUCUCCAAACAGCCAUUGUCACUUUCUUUUAGUUUGUGAAAAACAUUGUUCUUGCCAUCUUUAGCAACUUCUUCUUUGCGCCUUCUCUUAUGAGAGUGUUUUUCACUUUCACCUUCCCCUCUUUCCUUCUCCUUCCUCUUCUUAUCCUUCUUCUCCUUGUUAUCACUCUUCUCCUUCUUAUCCUUCUUUUCUCUUUUUCUUUCCUUCCUCUGUUCUUUCUUAGCUUUCUCCUCUGCCUUCUGAAUGAACAAAAACAAAAGUCAAUAAUCAGCUCACAAUACUUGCCAAAAUUCAACAAAAAGCAGAAACAAGCCCUCAUACAGAGCAACCCAUAAACCCCCAAUUAUGCAAACGAUUAGUGGACAUUAUUCAAGGGACUUUGUGACAGUUAGCAUUGUACUUUGGAAUAUGUAUUUAUCAUUAUCUCAAACCAACCCGUUAGUGACAUUGUGUCAUCGUUUUCACUAGAAUCAAUCGCAAAAAUGGCAUCUUUUUCAUUCAUGGCGGCAAAUUUGCAACAACCCCUAGAACACAGAUACCAGAUAACUGGUAAUCAAGUUCGAUAAACCGAAACACAAGGAAGCUGAGCAUUCGAAAUCCCCCAAAAAGCCAAAUAAAACCCACACGAGAUUAAAUGCUCAAACAAACCUUGAUCGAAUCGAUCAGAGCCUCAUCGCGGCUUCCGUUCAAUACAUAGCCAGGCGGCGGGAACGGGAAACACCGAGACAUCUUUUCGAUUAGUGACAAAAAUUCAAACUAUAUUGGAUGCGGAGAAGAUGUAAAUCAAAUCUCGCGGAAACCCUAAAUCGACCACGAGAGGAUCUCGAGUGGAGGGGUAAAGUAAGAUAUUGGGGCUUCUAAUAGCGCGCGAAAAUCAUAUCUAAGAGUUAGCAACGGAUUGGUUUUGUUUGAUCGGAGAAGAAAGAAGAGUCGCGAGAUCUCGAAUCUCUUCGGAAACUCUCC